AUGAGAAGGAAGUUGGCAGCAUUUGGGGAAAAUAUGUUUUGUGAUGCCAAGAUUAUGGGCUGUAAGGAGCUCAUGAAGAAAUGUGAUGUCCUAUGGGAAGACUUUCAUCAAAAACUAGUGGAUGGGUCCUUGCUGACACUGGAUACCUAUCUGGGCCAAUUUCCUGACAUAAAGAAUCGCAUUGCAAAGCGCAGCAGGAAGCUGGUGGACUAUGACAGUGCUCGCCACCAUCUGGAAGCUUUGCAGAGCUCCAAGAGGAAGGAUGAAAGUCGAAUCUCUAAGGCAGAAGAGGAAUUUCAGAAAGCACAGAAAGUGUUUGAAGAGUUUAACGUUGACUUACAAGAAGAGUUACCAUCGUUAUGGUCAAGACGAGUCGGGUUUUACGUCAACACUUUCAAAAAUGUUUCCAGCCUCGAGGCCAAGUUUCAUAAGGAAAUCGCAGUGCUUUGCCACAAAUUGUAUGAAGUGAUGACGAAGCUGGGUGACCAGCACGCUGACAAGGCCUUCACCAUUCAAGGAGCUCCCAGUUCUAUCAAACUACUCUUUGAUAUGAGUGCCUUAAAGGGUAACUCUCAAGAAUUCAGGAACGAAGCCCCUGAGGUGAAGAAAGAGGAGACAUUGUUGGAUCUGGACUUCGACCCUUUCAAGCCUGAGGUGGCACCUGCAGGUUCUGCCGGAGUGACCCACUCCCCCAUGUCGCAGACGUUGCCCUGGGACCUAUGGACGACAAGCACUGAUUUGGUACAGCCGGCUUCUGGUGGUACAUUUAAUGGAUUCACCCAGCCCCAGGACACUUCAUUAUUCACAAUGCAGACAGAUCAGAGCAUGAUCUGUAACUUGGCUGAAUCUGAACAGGCUCCACCCACAGAGCCAAAAGCAGAGGAGCCCCCUGUCGCUGCCGCACCUGCCGUUGGGCUGGACUCUGGACUGGACACCCAGACUGAGGAGCCAGUGGAGGGGGCAGUGGUCAUACCUGGAACGGACGCCGAUGUGGCUGUUGGAACCGUGGUGUCAGCUGCCGAGGAGGCCCCAGUGGAGGAAGCAGAGAUGGAGAAGGCAGCUCUUCCUGCUGGGGAAAGAGCAGGCGGAGAGGAGGCCAGGACUGAUGCUGAUACCACACAGGCUAUAGAUAGUGACCGAUCUCAACCGGAAGAACCAGAAGCAGCAGCCCCUCAGGAGAAGGUCAUCCCUUCAGUCGUCAUAGAGCCCGCCUCCAACAAUGAAGGGGAAGGAGAGCACGAAGCCCCCGCAGGUGAAGAGUCGGUGGAGACCCCCGAUGCCGUGGCUCUUCCGGGCCCCGCCGGUGAGCUGCCAGAGCUGCCUGCAGAGCCCGAGGUGGGCCAGGACUCCCAGCCACUGCCCUCCGCUCCAUCUGCAAGCGAGGCGGCUCAGGAAGUGCCUCCCGGCUUCCUCUACAAGGUGGAAACACUGCAUGAUUUUGAAGCAGCAAAUUCUGAUGAACUUACCUUACAAAGGGGUGACGUGGUGUUGGUGGUCCCCUCAGAUUCAGAAGCUGACCAGGAUGCAGGCUGGCUGGUAGGAGUGAAGGAAUCAGACUGGCUUCAGUACAGAGACCUUGCCACCUACAAAGGCCUCUUUCCAGAGAACUUCACCCGGCGCCUGGAUUAGGGCCAAGAAUAUUGUAGAAAGAGCCUCGUUAUUGGGUUUUUAAACCUCCGUGAAAACCCGAAGAGUUCACUUUGCUAUUAUACUCUUAAUGAUUUACAGGUUGGUGCCAGACAAAGCUUGGAAAGAUAUAUCAAUGGAGCACAUGUGCAAAAAAAAAAAAAAAAGAGAGAGAGAAAAAAGUAAAUUACAGAUAAAGUCCUCACUGGUUCCCACGUUAUCCAUAACAGGUUUCUUUGUGCUUUGUCCAAGCUGUGGAGACUCUUGUACUUGAUCCCCUCCCACCAUUUUCCAAGUAGCUUUCUCCAGACCAGAACCUUCAUUUCUGAGCACCACGUGUGUGGUUCCUGAGUGCCUGCCCUGUGGAAGACGUAAUGAAUUAUCCUGUAGUACGAGAUUAUCUCCUUCCCCUGCACAGGUGUGAGCACGCGCUCUGUCUCCCUUUCAAGCUGACUGUGUUUCAAACUCAACUGCUACACAAAAGGUUCUUUUCCAACACCUCUCUCUCUCUGUGUAUAUGGCCACGCAGUUCUACAUGCUAGUUCCCAUCACUCCUGGGUCUAUGUGUAUGCACAAAGCUACAUAUACAUAGUUGCUUCCUUUCAUUCCAUUGUAGUUCUUGCCUCUCGAGUGUCCUUGAUCCAUACAUUGCUCUUGCCUUGCUCUGUCUGGCAUUACAGUUGCAGUUUUGCCUUGGGGCAAAACCAGCCAUCCCAUUGCCAAAACAGUCGACGGUAUCUGCGUUGUGUAAUGUGCAUUUGUCAGGAUGUGAUGACAGAUAGCAUGUCAAGGCUCCUUGUCCCUUUGGAAAAGCAGAGCCUCGUUAUCUAGGGUCCAGCAGCUGAGGCUGGAGGUAAGCUAGUCGGGAUGAGCAGCUCUGUAGUGUUACCUUCUGCCUUUCAAAGAUUGGCUGGUUGAUGGGGCAUCAAAGUCCACCCCCAAAGAACACUAUAAAAAAAAAAAAAGCUCCUAUAAAUUUCCAACUCUUUAUGCAACUCAUCUUCCCAGAUUGUCCUAAAAUAAGAUAGGCAAUGUAUGCUGUAUCCACAAAUCAUCUGUAAGAGUUAUGUUUUCAGUGCUGUGUCAUUCCAAAUAAACCUCUGGAAACCUCCAGCCAUGACCUAA